AAAAGAAAAACAGACAUACCCCAAAACACAGAAAGUAGUUACAAUGUCAGUACCUAUUCGAAUUACAACUUUAUUGUUGCUCCUAAUCUUCAUUGCUCAAAGUCUCUCUUACACAACUUCCUACCAAGGUAGCAAUAUUGCAACCAAAAGAUGCAACUUCAUCCCAAAUAGUGAGUCAAACAUUGAUGGGAUGCAUGCAGCAGCUAUAAUAAGAGAAAACAAGUUGAGUGGACGAAAUUUGGAAUUUUCCGAGAAAGUGAAAGAAAAUAUUAUUGAAGAAAGCAAGCAAGAAAAUAUUAUUGCAAAUGUAGAAGGCCAAGAAAUUACAAGAAGACGUCUUCUCUCACUGGCUGGAGAUCAGAAAAAAUAUGUAGUAUUUACUGCAGAUUACAAAUUACCAAGGCAUCACCCUCCUAAAAAUAACUAAAAUUAAAAUGUUAUAACUAAAGAUGCUUGACUACUUUUAUUUCCAUCUAAUAUAUAUCUUAGUCUAUGUUAUAUAAAUUGUUGUCAUAUGGAAACAAAUUGUGUAUGUUUUUUACCGAAAAAGGUCGAACAGUAAUAGAUAUGUUGUUGAAAUUAUCUCAUUUUUUAAUUGGGCUGCAUGAUUAGAUUAAAGAAACCAAUCCUAGUAUCACUUUCUUAA